AAUAAUAAUAAUAAAAUAAUAAAUAAUAGCAACGAAAUUACGGAUUCUGAUAUAAUAAUAAUAUAUGAAUAAAGACGCUGAAGAACGCCAAGCUCGUGAACUCAAAGCCGGUUUGCAUCCACUCAAGCACAAAUAUGUGUUCUGGUACACUCGUCGGACACCUGGAGUUCGAACCCAAACAGCCUAUGAGGACAACAUAAAGAAAAUUGUGGAUUUCAGUACAGUUGAAGGUUUUUGGGUCUGUUAUUGUCAUUUGGCCCGUCCUUCUACUUUGCCAAGUCCAACAGAUUUGCAUUUAUUCAAAGAGGGAAUCCGUCCACUAUGGGAGGAUUCUGCAAACUGCAAUGGUGGCAAGUGGAUAAUUCGGUUCAAAAAGGUUGUUUCUGGUCGCUUUUGGGAAGAUCUGGUUCUUGCCUUGGUCGGCGAUCAACUUGAUUAUGGCGAUAACAUUUGUGGUGCUGUACUGAGCAUUCGCUUCAAUGAGGAUAUAUUGAGUGUAUGGAAUCGUAAUGCAUCGGAUCACCAGGCUGUUAUGGCCUUAAGAGAUUCAAUUAAACGGCACUUAAAGCUUCCCCACAGCUAUGUUAUGGAAUACAAGCACCAUGAUGCAUCUUUGCGUGACAACUCAUCAUAUCGAAACACAUGGUUGAAAGGUAGUGGUAUCUUAUAUGCUUAAAUGAAAACAAGUGGAUUGAGAACAGCUCAGAGAUCAAUCUGUUCAACAACUCUUCUUAUCCUUCACUAAUCCUGUAUAUGACAUGAGAACCAUGUUGAAUAUCAUCAUUGUGAGAAUCCUUUAAAUUGAAUUGCAAGAUGAUGACAUUUAGACUGGAGUCUAUGUUGGUUUUAUGGAUGACAUUCCUUCAUC